AAAUAUAUCUCUCCUCAUGGCAGAUUGUGAUUGAUUGCAAUAUCUCAUCACGAUGAGUGUAAUGUGGUUGCGCGAACACCCAGGAUUAACCAUGGGUCUCUUCCUGGGUGUGGGAGUAACAGGAGGACUGCUAUACCACAGUUGCUCCAUUGCCCAGGCAAUCAAGUCAGCCAGGCUCAUGUGGUCAGUCAAGUCAGCCAGUAGAAAGGUGUACAUUGUCAACAGUGAGGAGAGCUGGUCACAAGUAUGUUCACUGCUUCUGAGAGAAGCAAGGUUGAAAGGAGCCAUAGGGUUUGACUGCGAGUGGGUUCAGGUGAGGGGGAAGCGACGGCCAGUGGCACUUCUGCAACUGGCAUCAUGCUCAGGGACAUGUGUGUUGGUCCGUCUGUUGCAGAUGAAGACCACUAUACCACAGACACUUAAGGAGUUCUUAGCAGAUGAAACAAUUCUAAAAGUAGGAGUUGGUCCCAUAGAAGACAGUAAUUAUCUUGCAGCAGAUUACAGCAUACAGGUCAAAGGUUGUGUUGAUCUGCGGCACCUAGUCCUCAUGAGCCACAAUUUGUCCCCGGAGCCAAAGUCUAAGUUGAAACCAAAGGGCCUGGGACUGAAUGCACUCUCACAAUAUUACCUCAAGCAAACCUUAGACAAAGACUGGAGGGUGCGAGCCAGUGACUGGGAGGCUGAGGAGCUCACACAGAGACAGAAGAACUACGCUGCGGAGGAUGCCCUGGUGGGCGUGCACAUCUUGGUAGCGCUGCUGCAGAAGCUUUGGAUACUGCAUUCAUCUAUGGUCCCCUUUUUACCAUCACUGCAUUGGCACAGGCACUUGUCCUCAUCAGUUCAACAGAUUUGCUUCCCUUUUGUUGAUCGAAAGUUUUCCAUGAAUAAAAGUGAACAAAAUGGAGGAACAAAUGAAAGUGGACAGACUGCUUCUUGUGUGAAACUGAACUCAGCCUACCAACCACAGAUGACACGCAGAAACCCACUCUAUUACUACAGCCAGAUGAGAGCUCCUGACAAUGAGUUGCUGUGUGUGUGUGACCCAAGGAAAGCACUUUGGUAUGUGAAAAAGGGCAAAGCAGAAGUUGUAAGCAAAGAUCCACUCGUCAUUCAACUGAACUUUGAACCUUCUGGACGACCCUUAGCUGACAGGGACGACGGCAGAUUCUACCUUCAAGAGCGAUUGAAUGUCUGUGUAGUAUGUGGGAAGGAUGAAGUGUACAUCAGAAAGAACAUUGUUCCUCUUGAAUACCGCAAGCAUUUCCCAGACAUCCUGAAAAACCACCAGAGUCAUGAUGUUGUAUUGUUGUGUUUGGAAUGCCACAAGAAAAGCAACUUGGAGGAUAAAGUGUUUCGUUAUACUCUGGCAAAGAAGUUUGAUGCCCCUGUUGGCAAUGAACACAGUAAGAAAACCAGUGUGGACAGACAUAGAAUUACCAUGAAAAAUGCUGCUAAAGCUUUGGUUCACAAUAGGGUAAACAUCCCUGAGAAAAGGGUGAUGGAAUUAGAGAAUAUACUAAAGAAUUACUUGGAGACUGAUUGCAUAAGUGAGACACAGCUCAGAGAGAUGGCUCAGGCUGACUCCAGAUUCUGGAAUAAGACCUUUCAGUCCCAUGGGCACAAAGUGUAUGAAGCAUAUGAAAAAAUUGGGCUAAUAAAGUUAAUUCAGAGAUGGCGGAAGCAUUUUCUCUCAUCAAUGAAACCACAAUACAUGCCCAUUGGUUGGUCAGUUACACACAACGUAUGUGCUAUGAAAGUGAAGAUGAGUCAGCUCCCAAAGGGUCAUCCUGAAAGGCUGAAGUACAAGGUUGCUCUUGUGGGCACAGAAGGCACGAUUGAUAUCCCCUACAUGCCUGCUUUAAGCAAAGGGGAAUCUCCCACUGAAUCAGAAAGUAAAGAGAUGACUCCAGAAAGUUUAUCAGAGGCGCAAAACCCCCCAACUGAUUUCAUGGACUGCAUCAGUAAUGUAGAAGCAGCUGAAUCAGAGGGUUGUCAGAAUAUAGAUUAUUCUCAUGCUUCUGGAUGCUUCUCAGCAGCUGAUAUAAAGGUUGUUUUAGAAAAAAAUUAUGAGUCUAUGAAAGCCAGCUUACCGUUGAAUAAUCUGGGGGAGUUUACCCCAAGUCACUCUGGUGAUAUAGCAGAAACCUGUGUUACAGUACAAUGCUUAGGCCUCAAUGCAUCUGAAGCUAAUCAUAAUACAUCCUUAGGAGAGAAUAGCAUAGAUAUGAGCAUCUAUCAUGAUUCAAAAACAAAGAAAAUACACACAACAAACACAGUGUUUGACAUUCUGUGUAGCGAUGAACUUGUGCAAAGGGAAGCUCUCCUUUGAUCUCUGAUAGUAGUAUAUAGGGAUGGAUUUUGUAAUUAGUUGGGAAUAAGGAGAUAUUGAAGAUAUUUUAGCAUAAUCAAAUUUGUAAAUAAGAUGAGUAUAUGAGACUCCUGAAUUUAUUUACAAUUGUUUUUAUUUUAAUUGUUAGAGUGUGGUAAUAAAAAACUGGGUUUGUACCAAAUAUAAUAUUUUUGCACUUUGUGUAAUGUGUGAUAUGCAUGGUAAGAAAUUUGCUCAUUAUGUAACCUAAAUUAAAAUAACAUUUGCUUGCAGUUACACCAUUAUAUAUUUAUCUGAUUUUGUAAUUUUGAAUUAUAAAGUUCUUAAUCAUUUAUAUUAAAUGAAGUAAUAUUUAGUCAGAAUCUUUGAAAAAUGUGAUUCAGUAUUUUGAAUAAAAUAUUAAAACUUUAA